CGGAGGCGCUAUUUGAAGGCUCGGCGGCCACCGAGAGCAGGGGACAGCAUGGCCACAAGCAACGCGCCGUCCGCCACCAGCUAUGUGCCGCCGGAAGUGCCCACCGGGGUGCGCCUGCUGCUCACCAUCCCCUUCGCCUUCUUCCUGCCCGAGCUGGUAUUUGGGUUCUGGGUCUGGGUCCUGGUGGCUGCCACACAUGUAGCGACCCCGCUGCUGCAGGGAUGGGUGAUGUACGUCUCCCUGACCUCCUUCUUCAUCUCGCUGAUGUUCUUUUUGUCUUACUCGCUCGGAUUUUACAAAAAAUUUGGGUCCUGGAGAGUCCUGGACAGCUUGUACCACGGGACCACUAGCAUCCUGUACAUGAGCGCUGCUGUCCUGCAAGUUCACGAAACGAUCAUGUCUGAGUCCAGGGACGUGAAACACUACUACCUCAACACUGGAGCCUCGGAGCAGGCUGGGCUCAGCUUCUGAAACCUGCCUCACUGCUGUAAAGUCUGACCAAUGAGCUGCCUGCCACUGGCUCAGCACCGACCAAUCAAGACAAGCGCUCUCAGCACCCUUGAAACCCUCAUCUGCAUGGAAUACCUGGUGGAAACUUUAGGCAGGAAGUUCUCCUAUAUUAGCUAUCCCUUUCCUUUGCGGCCAGCUGGCCUUUUGUAGAGCUGCAGCUCCCUUCUGGUAUGAACGUCAAAACAAGUCCUACCUGUGCCUACAUUUCCUCUGGGUCCUCUCUCGUUUCCAUCUCUGGACCCAAGAACCUCUGGCCCUGGUGCCACCGACUCCUUUAUGUUUGGGUGCAGCUGGCCACGGUGUAGUUGUGCCUGCCGAGGAUUAGUAGUGUCAGGGUGUGUUUAAACCGGGUGGCAAAGGCUAGGUAGGCCAAGGUGGGCGCUCUGGGCUGACCCAUGCCCAUCUUCCCAAAUUCACAGCUUGAGGCUCUAACCCCCAAGGGGACUGUAUUUGGAGGCAGGGUUUUUAAGUUCACGUUUAAUGAUGUUAGGGAGCCUACCCCAGCAAGUUGGAGCCUUACAAGAUAAGGACAGGACACUGGAGAACUGUCUCUCCCAUCAUCCUGGAACAGCAAGCAGCUGACUUUCUGGAAGCCAGGAGGAUCGCCUUGGCCUGGGACUCCCGGCCUUGGCACCGUGAGAGGUGAAGCCUGCGGCCUAAGCCCCCAGUCCUGGGCUUUGGCUCCAGGAUUCCCAGAUGAAAAAGUCUGAAGGUUAUGCCAAGGCACCAAGGUACAUGUUCACAUGAGCCUGCCUGAGAUGUCAAAGCCUCUGAGGUGUCACCACUCCUGACUUGUAUCAGCGGAGCUGGCUGGGAUCAGCAAUGAGAGGAAAUGGUCCUAUCACCAGUGGGAUCAUGGAGCUAUUUCUCGCUGCAGACUUAAACUACAUCUCCCCUGCCCCACCCGGGGCCUCCUGCAUGCUAGGCAAGGGCUGGGUGACAUUUGAAGCCCUUUCUAAAUUUUAUUUCGAAACAGAGUUUCACUAAAUUGCCCAGGCUGAGUUCAAACUUGUGGUCUUCCUGUUUCAGCCUCCUGUACACCGACAGGAACGUGAUUCCAGAGCCAGAUUGAAGAAAACUAGGGCCAGUUCCUCAAAAAAGACAUCAGGGAACCGGUGGUUCCACACAGGUGUAGAAGGCACCAUGGGUCUUGGUAGGAGGGGGACCCCAGCCAGAGCUUUGGGAAUCCUACUGGGGAAAGCUACUCCCUCUCACAGGGUGACACGGGGUGCUCCUGGCCCUUGGAACUUUGCCUGUGCCUCAAGGGGAAACUGAAAUAGGGAGACUGGCACAGGUGGCAGGUUGGGUCAGGGCCGAAGGAGAGCAGGUGGGUAUCUCAGGCCCCUCUGCCACUCCGUGUCACAGGAUGGAGGGGCUUCUAUCCAGACACUCACAUCCUUAACUCUUCCUGCUUGGUCCCCCUGGUACCACAGCCUCCAAGGCCCUGGACAAACAAGCCUGGAGGAGGAAGAGGCCUGGAGCUCAGGCUGGAGACUCUGGGGCAGCCGGGGACAGGCACAGGAGGACCUGGGUCACAAGGGUAAAGAGCCCAGUGAGAUGUGGUGGAAAUUCAGCACAUACCUAAUCCUCUAUGCCAGCCUAUGUGUGCUGGUUUCAAAAUACCGGGGGGCACCUCCUUCCCAAUGCCUGCACGGGGUUACUGAUGCUGCCUUCAGCCCCAUCUGCUCAGGAAACUUUGCUGCUGAACCUCAGGAGGCACCACCCCAGGGGGCACUACUGUUAGCAAGCUUGGGUCUGUGCCAUGGCCCUAUGCCUGAGUUUACCUCUCUGUACACUCAUGGGCAUGCAAAGAUGUCCUGCAGGGCCCUGAGAUAGGGCCAUGAGUGCUGAAGGUGGGGACACAGAAACAACCACACACCAGGGGUGGUGACUGGCCACAGGGCAAGGGCCAGAGUCAGCUCCUGGGCACAGCUGUGUUUGUGACCCUCAGGCAGUUCCCAGCAGCUCUUGAGAGGUGGUUACACAGAGAGUGACCAUUCUUUGUGCUACGCAAGCCAUGCAGGAGGAUGACACUGCAGAGAGGUCACCUGAGUUUCUGUGGGGCAUAGUCUUUCUCAAGAAUCUGUGAACUUUGGAUUUCCUAAGAAUUCAUUAAUAAUUGUAAUUUUGGAUUCAACUUCAUAACACAGGCAGAGAUGGUUACUUAUUAGGCCCAGUAAUGACUGUGGAGGGCACUAAGGAUUGAACCCUGGACCUCACACAUGCUAAGCACAUGCUCUGCCCACUAGGUGACACUCGCCUCAGGGUGACAGCAAUAGCUGAUGUUCUUACAGCACCUCCCCGGAAGGACCCUCACCCUCACGUGGAUGCUUCUUCCCUUGGCCGCCAGGGUAUCCACAUGUGGGUGCUUGUGGCAGGGUUCAGGAAGCCUGGGCUACCUUGUGAAUGCAAGACCAGCCUGAACUCCAUAGAAGAUUUCGCUUCAAAAAACAAACAGAAAAAUGAACUCAAAAUGGAUCAAAGACUCAAAUGUGAGAGUUAAAACUACCUAAGUCUUAGAAGAAAAUAUGUUUAUGACCUUGGAGUAGGCAAUGGCGUCUCAGAUCUGACAUCAAAAGCACAGCCACGAAAGAAAAAAUAAACGAGAGCUCUUCAAGAUGAAAAACAGCUGGGCUUCAAGGGCACCACCAAGAAAAUGAAGCUGAGACAGAGGUAGCUGGAGCACAGGCAGUUAGGACUUGAACCUGCAAAACAGGUCCAAGGUGAACAAGGCAGCCUGGCACAAAGAGUAGGCAUGGGUAGAAGCCCUCAACUAAUGGAUGUCUUCAGCCACCAUGCCAAGGAGGUGCCAGCGGGAGCAGGGACAGUGUGUAACCACCUUCACUCCUGGGCCUUGGGGGAAGGAUCCUUUCCCUGUAGGACAGGAAGCCUGCCACUCUAAGAGCAUAAAGAGAAAACCCUUCCUUCUCAGAUCCUGUAAAAGCACCCCAAAAAGCCUCAUUGAUAAACAUUUUCUGAGUCCCUUCCUGCAACCAGAGUUUUCCCUUUUGCCUGUUCUUGCUUUCCUGGUGAACUUUCCUGCUUGGGACUCUGCCUCCUGUGUCCAAGGUUUCAUUCUUUGAUACCGUGAAACACAACUGGUGUCCCAGGAUCAAAAUGGUGAUCUACAAAGCAGGGGGAAAAGUACUUGCAAAUCAUUUCCCUGAUGAGAGACUUGUGACUGAAAUCUAUAAAGAACUCUUGUGACUCAAUAAUAAAAAGACAAAAGUUCCACGAGAAAAUAGACAAAGAAGCUAAGGCAUGAGGAUUCCAAGUUUGAGUCCAGCCUGCAGUUGAGGGACUUGGCAAUCCUGACUCACAAUAAAAGUAAAAAUUUCUGAAAAAAAAAUAGAUAAAGUAUCUGAAAGAAAAUAAAAUAAAAAUAGUGAGAGAAGCCACGCUGGGUCUGGGAUGAGCACAUCAAGAAGCAAGUUCGCCCUUCCUGUGAGCCGCACAAACCAUGUGGGUGGAGCCCAGGAAGAGACCCCCAACCAGAAGCAACCAGCUGGCUCGGAGGACUGGCUGGGUUGAUAGUAACUGAGGUACAAAACAACUAAACUAAACACUUGUAGUGUCUGAUUGACUGCAGGCCUGAGGCCAGUAGUCUGAGCAUCUGUUAGGAAGAUAACAAUAUGCAAUAUGGCAAAUACGGGGAUUUCCUUCUGUCUUGUUUUCGAAAUCCAACAGUUUCAUUUUGUUCUGAUUUAUGGUUUUGUUCUGUUCAGUGCUCUGCUUUGAAUGGUUUUAUUCUGUUUUGUUUUAUUUGAUUUUACUAUGUCUGGUGGAAUGGACAACUAUUAUGAAGAUAACAGGAGUUAUUGUGGCAGCCAUGGUUGAUUUCCUAUUAUCCUGCUUUGGAGUUCUGUAGCACUUUAGCUGCUUUGUUUUGUUGGGUUUUAUUCUCUUUAAAGUAAAAAAGUGGUGAGCAACCAUAUCCAAAAA